CUCCUUCCCUCAGACAGAUCACUCUGGGCUCCUGGUUCCCUCAGACAGAGCGGCCGGGGCUCCUGGUUCCCUCGGACAGAGCGGGCGGGGCUCCUGGUUCUUUAUUUCUGUUUUAAUCUUUACUUUAAACAGACAAUGGCGUAGCUCGGCUGUGAGCUGAUGUUGUGACUGGUGACAUCAGAGAAGAAGUGGGACACUGGUCAGAGAAGCUACUUGUUGUCUGCGUCGUCAGCAGGAAUUCAUUUCCCAGUUUGCUCCAUUUUACCGAGCAGCGUGACAACCUCAUGGUCACUGUGGUGACAGCGAGCCAGCCUCCAUAGAUCAGCCGUGUGAGGAAGGACAUGUACAUCGACACUCUGAACGGCUCAGAGAGGAUCAGCGAGCUGCCGGACGCCGUCGGUCCAAACGUCCAGCUGCAGGAGAAACUCUACGUCCCCACCAAGGAGCAUCCUGAUUUUAACUUUGUGGGGAGGAUUCUGGGGCCUCGAGGUCUGACCGCGAAGCAGCUGGAGGCGGAGACAGGAUGUAAGAUCAUGGUGAGAGGGAGGGGCUCCAUGAGAGACAGGAAAAAGACAUAUGUUAUACUGGAUGAAAGAGGAUUCUGGAAUUGUGCUGGAAGAUUUAGAGAUGACAGAGAAUCCCCAUCCCAUCUUGCACCUGCGGAGGAGCAGAACCGAGGGAAGCCUAACUGGGAGCACCUGAACGAGGACCUUCACGUCCUCAUCACGGUGGAAGAAGCUCAGAAUCGAGCCGAGAUCAAACUCAAACGAGCGGUGGAGGAAGUCACCAAGCUGUUGGUGCCCGCAGUGAGUCACCUGACCUCUGAUGUGUAGAUCUAUUUAGAUAUUAGGGCUGUCCCCGACUAAGGAUUCACACAGUCGAAUCAGAAUUGUAAA